AUGACGACCGUUCAGAAGAUUAAGGAUAUCGAGGAGGAGAUGGCCAAGACGCAGAAGAACAAGGCCACCGAGUACCAUCUCGGUCAGCUGAAGGCCAAGCUUGCCAAGCUGCGUCGCGAGCUUAUCACGCCCUCGGGAAGCGGUGGUGGAGGUCCCGGUAUUGGUUUCGAUGUGGCAAGGACUGGCGUAGCCAGCGUAGGCUUCAUCGGGUUCCCCUCGGUCGGAAAGUCGACUCUCAUGUCUGGCCUGACCGGCACCGUCUCCGAGGCCGCCUCGUACGAGUUCACCACCCUCACUACUGUCCCUGGUACCAUGACCUACAACGGUGCCCGUCUCCAGAUCCUUGACUUGCCUGGUAUUAUUCAAGGAGCAAAGGACGGUAAGGGUCGUGGUAAGCAGGUCAUUGCUGUUGCGCGCACUUGCAACCUGAUCUUUAUCGUUCUCGACGUCCUCAAGCCUCUUGUCGACCUCAAGAUCCUGACCGACGAACUCGAGGGCUUUGGUAUCCGUUUGAACAAGCAGCCCCCUAGGAUCACUGUCAAGAAGAAGGAGACUGGUGGUAUCCAGAUCAUCAACACUGUUCCGCUCACCAAGAUCGACGCCGGCGAGAUCAAGGCGGUUCUUCAGGAGUACCGCAUGACCUCGUGUACCGUCACUAUCCACGAGCCUGACGCGACCGUCGAGGACUUUAUCGAUGUUGUCGAGGGCAACCGUGUUUACGUGCCUGCAGUCGUUGUCCUCAACAAGAUCGACGCCAUCUCGAUCGAGGAGAUUGACCUGCUUUACAAGAUUCCCAACUCGGUCCCCAUUUCGUCCAAGCUGUGGCUCAACAUCGACGACGAGUUGAAGGAGGUCAUGUGGAAGAAGCUCGACCUCGUCCGCGUUUACACCAAGCCCAAGGGCAAGCAGCCAGACUACACUCAGCCGGUUGUUCUGCGUCGAAGCAAGUGCACUGUCAGUGCUUUCUGUGACAGUAUCCACAAAGACAUCAAACGUGAUUUCAAGAACGCCAUGGUCUACGGAACGUCCGCCAAGCACUCGCGCGGUCAGAAGGUCGGCCUUGACCAUGUUCUUGAGGAUGAGGACAUUAUCACCCUCUUCAAGAAGUAG